CUCACAAAAUCCCCAAAGGUAUAUAAACGGCCGGGGAGCAUUGAAGUAACUUCCAAAUUUGGAGCUUCGUCUGACAAAACCAAGCAGACGUCCCCUUUCCAUCUUUCCUACCAAAACCAUGAGCCUCCAAUGCAUAUAUAUCUAUAUAUCUAUCUAUUCUCCUCCAAUUCUCAGUUUAGGGUUCGAAACAGAGAGCUUCCAUGGCGAAUUCUGUAGCCGGAUCAUCCGUGAAGUGCUCCGUUUGCUUGGAGGAGGUUUCCGAUACCUGUGGCCGUACUGUCGUCAAGCUUCGCUGCUCUCAUCUGUUUCAUCUUGAUUGCAUUGGUUCUGCAUUUAAUGCUUCAGGUUCUAUGCAAUGCCCCAACUGUCGAGAAGUUGAAAUUGGCUUAUGGAGGCGUUUUGAGAAUAACAGUCCUGAAGGAAGCAUGGAUGAAGAUGCUAAUGACGAGGAUAUUGAUCGUUUUAUUGAAUUGGUAGAAACAAGGGCAUCGCUGCCAGAAUACCUUUUUUGUCCUCUUAAUGAACUGUUAAGGAACUUGUUAUUGCUUAGAUAUCAAGAUGGGAUCCAGCAACGGGAAAUAUUUUCUGGAGAUCCUAAUAUUAAUUAUUACACUGGGCCUUUUCUGCCCAGUGAGAUUAAUGCUUCCCAUGUUCUCCUUCAUUACUAUGAAAGGAAUUGCUCUUGCAUGUUCGAUACGUCGUGUACCCUUCAUAUGGCUGUUAGUCAGAUUUCAGCUCAGGAAGUUCCAUCAUUGAACUUGAGAAUUGUUCCUGUCAACAUACCUCAUUUGUCCAUUGCACAUCAGGUUAUUCUCGAUCCUCGGUAUGUUGCACAAAGUUCUUUCAGACCUUCGAUAGGUUCUGGUUCUCUUGGCAGCAACUGUCCAAUUUAUGGCAAUUUUGAACGGGUGCAGCAAACUAGGAAUUCACCAUCACCAGCUGUGCGUAAUACGCCAGCUGGCAGGAGUGCAGUUAAUGGUUUGCAGGGAUGGUCUCUAGACCUGAAUGCUGUGCCACUUCCUGAACAAACUGGGACAUUAAGCUAUAUAUGUUCCUUGAGUGGAUCCCUCCAGAGCCACCCACAGCCAGCAAAUUUUCAUCAUCAUGUUCAAGAGGGGAAUAAUGUGUUGCCUCCUGAAUAUUUGCGCAAUGACUUGAAUCCUUUCUGGUAGCCGUAUGAGUAAGCUCCUGGCAGAUGCUGCUGGCCACAGUCUGUGCAGUUCUUGCAGAAAGCCAACGAAACUCUACCUUAAUUAUGACAUUACACAGCAUGAACAUUCUUAAGUGCAGAAUUUAUUUUUAAGGCUGUGUUUGUGUUUCUAAAAGUGCUUUGCAUGUGAAAAUAUAUUUUGAAAAAUAUUCAGCUAAAUAUUUCACAUCCUUUAUAGA